AUGACCAACGUCUUCCAUCAUGUUCGCAAUUUUAUAGAGCAGCAGCCGGUGCCGGCGAAAGCCUUGGAGGUACGCAAACGAGCUGGAAAACAGCUUGGCUUGAGCGUUCUCAAGCGUACUUACCUUUUAGCAAAUAAGUCUUUCGAGGUUUAAAAAUGAAUCACAAUUGAUCCCACCGUAACAGAUACUGUAGAUCUUCUGGAUGAAAUAUUAAAGUAGCAUGUUAGCGGGAACAUUGUUUGUGCAUGUUGCAAAACCGCAGUACCACUGAUAACAUGCCUCCCCCGCUCGUGAGCCCAUCAUACUUUUCACAUGUACAACAGUUUUCCAUCGAAAACUAUGUGCUGACAAACACUUUCUUGUGGUUUUGCAGUCAUUCUUAUCAAGGGGUUACGGUAUCUUUUCAAAAGGGAAACGAGAGUUUGAAAUAAGAAAAAGUUAAGACCAAUCGCUCUCUCAGCGACUAUCAGGUCUGUCGGAGUUUGAGAAAUGGCGAAACUACGUUAAAUGGGAGAAUUUUCAGAAGUCAUCGUCUCCGAACAUCCUCUACACCGCCCUUCCGAAGCAUUGGAGGUCCAACAAAUCGUUCCAAGAGCCAUUUUACGUUGUGCUUCUCACGCCGGUCCCUGAUAACACGGAAGGUAAACAGAAUUCCAGUUCAAGUCCCUCUCAGAAUCCUCCGUUUUCUCAGUAUCGAUCUGGGCCGGAAACGACGACAAACCAUGCGAAGAAGUGCGAAACGAGAGGGCGAAAGUGCACCGGCAGGUCGCCAAAUUCAACGAUCUGCGGUUUGUCGGUCGGUCCGGACGUGGUGAGUCGGGGCCUUGACGCAAACGGCGACGAAGCAAAUGGAGAGGACAAAACCGGGUUUUUGUGUUGGUUGCUGCCUGCUGACCGCCUGAUUCAUUGACUGCCUUUUGGAGAAUACUGUAAGAGUAUGGCAAUUGGCAGACAGGGCGAGGAGGAGGAGAAAGGAGCGGCGAAAGGGAUCUGAAAAUGGGGAAGAGGGAAGCCAGAUCUCUGUUAUGAUGACAUCUAAUCAGAGAGUAUUCAAAAAGAAGCUGGCCCUAAAGGAAUCCAAUUAUUCGCCUUUUUUUUCUGAAGGACUCAAAGUGCUUCUCAUAUUCCUAAGCACGAAAUCUUUGUAGCCUUCUAGACUAUGUUCCCUGGUAACCUUAAAACUUUGAAACUUUUCAACGACUCUAGAAAAAUAUAACAUGCAAAUCUAUUUGACAUCAGCUUAGUUCCAUUCAAUUCAAAAUUCCGUACGAGGCAACCAUUAUUUCGAAAUGGCGCUUUGUUCUUUUACUCAUGUUUCAAAAGUAAACAGUACUUCUUACAAACACAUUCCUUAACAGACUUAACCCAUUGGUCUUAUCUUUUCGCCCGAUUCCAUCCCUGCCCGCUCUUCUUCUCCCUCCGAUCACUGUCCUUCCGCUUCCUUUCUUGACUCAUCCUGUCCGCAUUCUUUCAAUCGAAUCGCAUUCGGAUGCUCCGUUUGUCAAUCAAUCCAAUGAAGUUAAGAAACGACAUGUUUUCCGCUCGGAUUCCUCGCCCAUUAGUAAUGGGAUGACGACACUCGGGCGGCCCAAUAAAACAAAACACACCUGGUCCUUCUCCGCCGCCGCCGUCUGACCGGAGUCCUCAUUCUCCUCCGGAACACCUUUCGAAAAUGUGACGGCGGAACAUAAAGAUGCGCGACAAAUGCCCGCAUUUUAUUGUUUUCUCUCUGGGCGGCGGCGGCGGCGACAUGGGAUUUGGCGGCUCCCAAUAAAACUGCACAUUCUUGCAGGCCGAAAAUUCCAUUUGACAAUCGUUAUACACUCGUCGCCGAUGAUGGUGGCCACCGUUAAAAAUGUGAUCAAGGUGAGUGAGGGACCCGUCGAUGCUACCGUAUUCGCCGCUUAUCUGAUUAACCGCAUGAGGGAAAACGGACUGAAAACAAGUAUGACAAACGGAGGAAAGCGAAAAUAAAUGAUAUCAGCUUGUUAUCGUCAUUUCCACUACCUUUUCCGGCCCGAAACAUUCUAAUUUUGAUAAGUUUAAAGUACCGAUUGGGACAAACUAUCAAUCGCUGGUAAACCUCUGCAUCUUUUGAGCAAGAGUAGAGUGAAAGUUGCAGAGGUUUACCCAGGUGUUACCAAAUGUUUCGAGCGUUUAGACUCAGAAAAGCCCUCUCUCCAGCCCUGACAACCACAAUAAAAAAACGUUUGCAGGUUACGGUAGAUGGCCCGCGAGACGCCCGGAUUCCGAAGACGAUCGGAGGGAAACGGCCGGCCGAACAGCAGACGCCCUCGCUGUUUCCCUCGGAUAUCGUGGUCCCUCCUGCCCCGGUGAGACCCAACUCCCUUCAUUGGUAAUCCCUCAGUUCCAGAUGCCGAUUCCCAUGAUGCCCCAUCCGUUCUGGCCGCUUCCGAUCCCGCAGGCCCUUCCGUGAGUCGCUCCCAUUUCAGUGUCUGUUCAUCAUCCUUUAUGCUUUCAGUCCCUCGUUUUUCCCGCUCAUUCCCAACGGUCCUCCUCAUUUCCCGGCUGCGUUCUGGAAGUUUCACAGCGAAUCGAUGAAGACUCCGAUCAAAAUAAAGGCCGAACAGGAGAAUGGUACUGUUUUGAAUGCGUCCGUCCGUCGGCUGAUUCUCCGUUUCUCAGAAUCCCUCAACACUUCCACGUGCCUCUCUUCUCCGUCCGUUUUCAUCACUCCGAGCUCCCUCGACAAGACGUUCCGCACCUUUUCGCCCGCCGAAAUAAAACCAUCUCCCACGUCGAUAAAUCUCAUCCAGGACACUCCGGAAUCGGUUCCUUCGAAACGUCGUCGGAAUGCUUCGACCACUUCUUCAAAUAGUUCGUCUCCGACCAUCUGGAGACCCUUCUGA